CAGGGUGAUGGAGAAGAAAAUGUAGUUCCCUCGGUCCGAAAAGGAAAAAAAUAUUUAAAAGAAAAAACGCAGCGCUUUCCCGUUUUUACGUGAAACGAGACGACCGUUACAAUGGCCGCUAUGAGGAGAGUGAACGGGAAAUUCUCCGGAAUAAACCCCGCCGUCAGUUGUUGUCGCCUGCGUCAGGUUCAGGCUCUGCUCUUUGAAGGAGGCACCGCCACCCCGGAUGGCAUCCUGUGCUCUCUGGGAAUUGACAGCAGAUAUAAUGAAGGAUGCACUGAGCUGGCCAAAUACCUGUUCUAUGGACUGUAUGGACGAAAUCCGUUGAAUCUGGAUCAUGUCGUUGAGGAAUUUCCUGAAGAAAUGCUGGAUGAUGUGAUCCUGCUGGUUAAGGCCGAGUGCGUUCAUCUCUACUGCAACCCACUGAACUACAGUUACCUGCUGCCUUAUGUGUCUCACUGGAGGAACCUGCAUCUCUACUGCAUGACAAAGGCAGAGUACGAAGACGAAGAGGCCGCAGAGGAAUUCAAAAUCUCCAGUUUCGUUACGAUGGUGCAGGAUUGCUAUCGCAUCGGAGUACCGUACAGCUCCCAAGGACACAUCCAGAGGUUUGAUAUGUUUAUGGUGGAGAAGUGGCCCCUAAUUCAAGCGUUUGCCCUGGAAGGCAUCGGUGGAGGAAGCUUUUUUACUAUGAAAUACAAGCUCAUGGACAUGAGUGAGAAGCUGUGGCAGGUUUACAACAGACUCGACCCAGUGUCCCUGGAUAAUCUCCUCACCGAGGACUUGGUCGUCUUUGAGAAGCAGUGGAGUGCCUUUUUCUCCAGCAUGGACCUGGAGAGUCACCUGUCCAUCCUGGAGCUGUCUGAAGCUCAGGCAGGAGAGGCGUUCCGUUUUUAUUACUCUUACGGACUGAUCUCAAGCAACAUCACGGACAAAAGUAAAAGCCAGCAGCCCUUUGUGCUGUUUGGGAAACACUCCUCCUUGAAGGAUCUGGAGAGCUAUUCAUUCAACUUCCCUUCGGAGAGUCAUCAGGUCCGCAACACGGGGCCUCAGGCUUCCACAGCCAGACAUAUGAUCCUGCAGUGUGUGGCUCCCAAAGGACCUCUUGCCUGCUCUCGGACCUAUUUCUUCGGGACUACGCACACACCGUACCUUGGGAAUCAAAACACAGAGCAAAAGAAUGCAGAAGUUUUACUUCUGUCACAGAUUUAUUCCGCUGCAGUUCAAGCCGUCCUGUCAGGAAUCAAAUGCUACUCCUGUACGACCAGCGCUUCCAAGGCUAAGGAUGUAGCCGAGAACACUUUCCUGGUGGCGCUGGACUCGAUGAACUUAAGUCAGUACCGCAGCUCUCUCAGGUCCAAAUGUGAGUUCAGCAUCCAAGCGGUGAAUAUGCAGGGGAUGAUCGUUCCUCUGACUGAUGAAGACAGCCGCUAUGUAGUGAAAACAGCCUCCCUGAUUGUCCACGACAUCCCAGACCUGCAGUGGGACGGAGGGAAUCUGGGCUCCGUGGUUUUCUCUGAAUCCUUCUUGGAGUCCAGCAUCAACAUUCAGCAGAGAGAUGGCACUGUGUCCUCAGACAGCUGCUACACCAUCCUCACCACGACGGUGCCUCGCUACGCCUGCUGGCUGAUGGAAUCUGAUGUCAAGCAGUCCGAACAAGCCCAAAACCUCACUAAGAAAGAAGACGGCACUUGUUUGGGAGCUGUUCUGACUGCAGCAGAUGCCGCAUUCAUGUUCUCUAGCAGCCAGCUCUCCACACCCGAAGAAGGCAAGAUCACUUUCUUCUCUGAGGGAAUCCUGUUUGUCCAUUCUCAAUACGGAAGCAUUACUCUGUCCAAGGAUCAAAUCAGCAACAUCAAGUUCUAUCAUCCGGACUUCAGCGCUGUGGCUUCACUGUUCGUAGAAUACGAGUCCAGCCUGCUCCCGCACCUCCCGUUCCCUCUCCACAGCUCCGAUCAGUGUCUGGUCUUCGCUCUUCAGCCAGGAGCCAAGAGCCACAAGGCCUUCUAUUCCAAGGUCUUGUCAGUGUGGAAGAACUCAGAAUCUGGUCUCACUCUGCAAUUGUUUGACCAAGAGCACUUGACCUGGAACCAGAAAAACAUGCACAAAAAAAUGCAGAAACUACACGACAGUCAGGAGCCGCCAGUGGCCAAACGCAGAGGCAGUUUGAAGACUUCGUACUCUCAGCUGCCAGAGCAGGAAAUGUUCCUUCAGCAUUUUGCUCUCAGCAGCAUCGGUCAGGAGCCCAUCCUGUACGACCACCUGGGGGUGCUCUUCCCCUCUGCAGAGCUGAGAAACCCAGCCGCUGGUCAGGGAGACAAGGUCGUCAUCACCAUCGUCACCGGACUGCCAGGGAGCCACAAGAAGACGCUCUGCAACUGCCUAGUGGGCCUGAGCAAAGAAUCCGAAAGGUGGGUGCUGUAUGAGCCUGAUCCCGACAGAUUCUCAGCCUCGCACCUCCAGCAGUAUUUAUCCAGCUUCCUGGAGAGCCAGAGAGGCACAAGAGGCAAACCUCGUCUGCUGGUGCUCUCACCUGGGUACACAGAUGUUCUGGAUAUUGUCCAGGCAGUCCUCUUCCAUCCGGACCCAGUGGUCCAGGCGUGUUUCACCAUCGGCGCCGUGACAGCCUGUGUGAACCCCCUCGCCUCCUGUAUGGAGCAUCGGUUUGCGUUUCCUAAGCUGUUGGAGCAGUGCAGCCAAGGCAUUGUGAGUACAGUGGUGUUCACCGGGCUGACAGCAGAGAAGCAGCACCCUCUCAUGCAGCAUGUUCAGCAGUUGGUACGCUCUGCCAACCCCACGGCUGCCUUCGUCCUGGCAGAGAGAGGAGCUGUCACCUGGAAUGAAAAUGCGAUGCUGAUUUUGUCAGAGAGCAGCUUCAACGAGCCUCAGAUGCUGAGAGCACGUUAUGUCCUCUACCCCGGAUGGUGCAAAGGGCGUUUCUUCUGUGGUUCCGGGGCUCUGGUCCUCACCCAGCAGCGCGUGGCUUUCAACCGGCCCCUAGAGAGGCCUCUAUUUGUCACCCGCUGUAAAGCAAUCAAGUCAUCGCUGAGGCCGAGCCCCUUCCGAGGAAAUGUGUACAACGUUUGGGGAAAAGUCAGGUUUUCUGACUCGGAGCAGCUGAUGGAGGUGAGCUACAGCGCGGCGAGCGGCAGCCUGAGCAUCGUCCCAGAUCAGAGCGCUGACCCGCUGACCCCGGGCCCCGAAGACACCAACACGUCCUGUUUCCUCGUCUUCGAUGGCGUCGACCUCACCGAGGAUGGGCUGAAGGACUGGCUGCGACUGUGCGCCAAGCAGAGGCAGACAAAGAUACCUAAGAAGACUAAAAAUACCCUCACACCACAAGAAAUCAAGCGCAUACAUGUGAAAAGACGUUUGGAGCCGCUGCCACCAGGCUGGUUCUACAACGGUCAUCAGUUUGUCGACAUCUUUGCAGAGAAAAGAGACUUCCAUCCCAACAUGGACGAGUUCAUCAAAGAGUACAUCGCCGAGGCCAACAAGCACGUCGAGCAUUUCAACCGUCAGCUGGAGCUGCAGCAACAGCCCGACCUGUUUGAUCCGUGAUAGAGUCUCUGUGUACGUCCGCUCCAUCUGUCUCGUUUUAUUCGUGAGGGAAGCACUGCGGGAGGGGCAGGGAGGGCACAGGGGUUAUGUACCGAACACUCCACUCGAAUGGUCAAUGUGUGUUCACGCCACAUGCAUCUUCAGCUGCUAGAAGCCCAUUCCAGAAAGCUGUAUUCCUUGGCCACUUUGUCUCACUGUUUGGUGGCAGGUGAGCUUUAGAACAGUUAUGUCACCGCUAAGUUGUGUAUCAUCGCCGUCGAAAGCGAGCGUGUUAAUUCAGAUUAAGUCAUGAUUUGCACACAAAUGUGAAGCAACACAAGAGUCCGUCUUUACACCAACGCGAUUACGCCACCGAGCCUGCGAGCUCCGAGACUUUCACAAUUGAAAGGGAAUUUCCGACCGCACACUCCUACAGCUUGUGCAUUUCUGUUUAUCACAGUUGGCAAAUUAAUGCCUCUAUUUCUGGGCAGGCGUGGAUAGCCGUGUGAUUCUGGUGGGCUCCCUGGUGGGGUUUCUCAAGAAUCGCUCCUCCUCUGUUGUCACCCAAUCCGUGGCCCACCUGUUAGCUUGUCUGCAAGCCACGCUGCAGCAGAGGGAGCGCUUGGCCAUAGGGCUGUAAACACGGAACAGGCUGUUGGCGGCGGACAACUGAUGAAUGAUGCCAUUAAUCACAUAGCUAUACGCCGUCCCAGUGCUUUAUUUUAAGACUCCUGGAGUGAAUCUAAAUGAAAGUGCAAUAAUACACACUUCAGUCCCCGCAGCGAAAAGUGUUGUCGCUGUAAAACAGCUGAGGCGUCGCAAAACACGGCGAACCACUGAGGUCACCAGAAACUUUCCCCUCAGUCACCGCUUUCUGUUUAUUAUAACGCUGCUAGUUAACAGCGAAGACAAAACGUGGUCACAGGAAGUGGAGUUAGGCUUCGCUGCAGCCGGGUGCUGAACACUCAUUGCACCGCUUUUAUUCUCAGCGUGAACAUUCCCAAAUGAUUUCGUCCUGUGUGUCACUGUUUGGGUAGGAGUGGGGGCAACACGAAACAAUCUGGGAAAACCUUGAUUUGAAUUUAUUGUUUAGUUCGUUUUGGGUAAACAUGAGUAGAGCCAUGAGUAAAAAGGUAUAAGGCUUUGUGUCGGUGGUGUGAUGUUGCAGAGAAUCCUUCAUUAAUGAGUAGUUAGGCUACUGUCUGCUCUGCGAUCGUGUGUCACACUGAUGUUCUAUGCAUGUCUUCCUCUCGUCGGGGUUCCUACGCAGGUUUUAAAUGUCUUUUCUGUGACUCGUCCAGAAAACCUGUGCCGUUAUUUAUGCACUCGAAGUAGAAGUUGUUUCAAAAGUGAGAAAUAAUCGUGACGUAGAAGGUGGAAUUGUGUAGGAACCCCGCCACAGUACGUCGGAGAUGAGGUGGCUUUCAUUCACUAUGGGGUUAGCAAUGUACCACGCAGACUAAACGGCGUUUGGGCCAAGUGGUCGAGGUUUCUCUCGAGUAACGCGAUACUGACAACGGAACGUUUAAAUGCACAUGGCAGUGUGCGCAUACUGCUGCUACUACAAAUGUAUGAAACAUUGCUUUGACCACUGUACCAAAAAGUUGCCUGUGCUCAGCAACGAGUGCUCUGAGAUUUUUAGCACGCCAGAGAAGAGAGGGAGGUUGUUUCUGAUUAAAAUAUCUUAUUUUUUCAGCGAGGAGAGGCUUGCAUAUCAGCGAGGUUAAAGCUCACUGAUGUAAUAUCUAACAAGAUGUUUGUCAACUCUCGUCGUUUCAUUCUCGACAUGUCUGCCUGACAGCGCUGUCAGCAUCGAGCAGAAUCGAGAGCAUCAAUCGUUUUUAAAAUUCCGGCGAUGCGAUUACACGAUUAGCAAGUUCUUCUUCCCCUCAGACAACCUCUCUGUCUGGUGCAGAUUGAAAUGAUCUUAAGCCUGACACUGCUGGCCCCAUCCGUCCACUUUGAUCUGAGCAAGCCAUACCGUCUUACGCUAGAUGUGCUGCUGUCUUUUUAUACCAAUCACAUGUAGUUUAGACUAGCACAUAGCAUAGCAACGCCUCUAACAUGUAUUACCCUGGCAUGUUCCAGAUAGCCGGCAAAAGAGACGUGGAGAGGAGUCGCUCGCUCCGAUAGCUCCCUCUCUUUUACUCUAUCAAAGAAGUGCAAUUGUUUCUCGUGUUUUUUUUUAAUAUAUUCUCCUUACAGUACCCUCGAACGGCUCUUUAAGGACAAUGCAGGCGAAACAAACGAGCUGCCAAAUUCUCCGUCUCUCGCAGCUCGCAUUCUGUGGUCUGCCGGAUUCCUGCUUUAAGUGCUUGUAGCUCACAUAACGAGUCAUGGGUUCGGCGCAAAAUUAAAUGCCGGCGCUUACGAACGACUGAUGUAACAAAAUGCAAACAGAUUACGGUGCAUCUUUUUAAUGGAGCGGGAUAAUAUAUAACUUAAAUCCUGCGGUGACAAAACGAUAACCUUUUGUUUAAGCUGGAUCCUCUCUUUUUUUUUUUUUUGAUGCACUCUGUAAGCCGUCUGUUUGGAGCAACAGUUCUAUAGUUAUGUAAUACUGCAGAGAGUUGCCGCGAUUGACAGCGAAUGUAGUCGUGAGGCAGACGUAUGGGAGGCUGAAGGUGCCACAACUUUAAAACCUGCUGCACGUCAAAUAAAAUGAGAGAAAGCAGAGAAAUCCUAAUUGGCCAAAAGAUCAAAAAGUCGUCCUUAAAGAGUCGAGGGUUAUGUAAGACGUUUGUGAUAUUUAAAUCAAAUUAACACUAACAGAUAUACACGCACACACGUAUACACGGCUUCUACUACAAGUAUGUCUACACUAUCCUGCAUGUGUCGAGAUGUCUUGUGAAUAUAUUCCGACAAAAUUGCCUUUCACCAAACUGGUACAGAAAAGAGAGAUCGCAAUUUAUUUUAACAUAUCUGCUGAGAAUUUGAGAAUUACCUCGAAAUAUUUUUGUAAGACUGUGAAUUGAACAUUCUAGAUGCAAACAACAACAAAAAAAAAGUUUCCUUUCGCACAAAAAAAAGCAGAUGCAAUUUUUUUUUUUGUAGAAAAAGAAAAAAAAAAACUCGAGAAUCUGAUGAGACGUCAGGUUUCUCUGAUCCAGCAGUGCCUCGGCUACGGCUAAGAAAAGCAGAGAUUAAAGCUGCGUUCAGAGCUCCAUCCCUCUCCCCGUCGUCGUCAGGGCGGCGGAGGAGGAGGAGGAGGUGUUGUCAGGCGAGGAUCCGUCCUUCAACAGUGUUGGUGAAAGGAAUCCAUGGAGUCGUUUCUCUUUUUUUUUUUGUUUUUACUAGAGCCAGAGGGUAAAGUAGGCGGGGUCACACGGGGAGGCCGCUGGCGGGCUCGGGAUAAUUCAGGUACUCUUACAAACUAACCAAAAAAAAAAAGAUGGUGGAAAAGGGGCAAGGCUAGUUCUUAUAAAUUUCAUUUAACGGUACGUUUCUCGCUGGUUUACUUUGGUUUAGUUCAAGUUGAGGAGAGAAAGCUGCAUUUUUGUGUCUAGAGAAAUAGAAAUGUUGUGUUUUUAGCCCGGCCCGAGCGCGGAUAUAGAACCUUUAUACGGAAGGAUUGAGUUUGUGACUAAAGUUGGGUGGCUCCUACUUAUUGCACAUGGGACCCCCCGCAGAGCCCCCCACAAGCUCCCCAGUGUGACGGCUACGAAGCCCUCUGGCAGACCGAGCACUCCGGUGUCUUCAUCCUGUACGUGGAGGAUAGCCACUCUGUAGCUGAAGUUAUAGGACAAAAACAAAGUUUGGUGUCAAUUGGUUUUUCGAAGAAGGGAACCGUGAUGCGAAAGGUUUUUUGUUCUAUUCUGGUUUUGAGAAAAAAACAAAAAGAAAGAGGUCAGCGAUGUGGAAUGUAUCUCGGAUAUUUUUAUGGUAUUUUUGUGCUCAUUGGAGAAAAAAGGCAAGCUUGAGAAAUGGAGUUUUAACCGACCAAAUACUCCUCAGGCCUCAGGGGACUGUUGAUGCUAAUUGUUUGGGUUAAAAAGGGAAUCACAGGCGCUCCACACCCACGGUCCUCUCAGACGGCGGGAAGAAUUCGCUCAGGUGUAUUUAUUGCGUCCGUUACCUGAGAUCGCACAUUUGCCCUGUAAAACACGAGUCUCACAGAAGAAGAUGGAGGUGAAAUUGUGGUUAAUGUCUUCUGUCUGUAGCCACAAACCAACCGGCCGCGCAACAAAAAGGAAAAAGAAAAAAUAAAUGUUCACGUCAAGGAACAGUUGUGAUUCAAGUCGGCAGGCGUUUGAUGUCGCGAUGGCAGAAUUAGAUCUGUGCAAGAAAAAA